AUGCCAUCUUACGGAUCGCUGCAUUCGCCAUCUCUUCGUAAAAUGAACGGCGGUAUGGAUAUGAAAGGAAGACGAACAGGGGGAAUGAGGACGAUGAGUAUGGACAAUAUUUUGGGCGACCCCUUCGCGCUGGCGACGGUGUCAAUUGCGAUGCUCGCGUGGUUUAUCGCCUUUGUCGGAUCAGUAAUUGCGACGGCUGAGAAAUUAGAUCCUGCUUUCCCUAAUUAUUCGUGGUUCGCGGUUGCAUACAUGUUAUGCGCAAUUAUCGGUGUCUUCGUGGUCAUUGCAUCUGACACCACGCAAACAUAUCAUGUAGCCAUCGUUGGUUAUCUUGCUUGCGGUCUCGUAUUGACCAGCUCAUCGGUCAACUCUACCAUCUACUCUUCCAAUGGCGCAAAAGAAGCAACUGCUGCUGGCCACAUUUUGCUCUCUAUGGUUAAUAUUGUGUGGAUUUUCUAUUUCGGGUCAACACCUUCGGCUGUUCCUCGUGCAUACCUCGAUUCCUUUGCCCUCCACAAAGACCACCGGGCUUCUUCGCAAGGUGGACGAGGGAUGACCAAUGGAUACGCAACUGGCCGACCAGAUACCUCAGUUUCUUCAAAUGUACCACCACAAAUGUAUACAUCUGCCCAGCUUGGAGGCUUCGAGACUUCAUCACCGGUGGCAGGUUUCCCAGGGGGCCCAGUUGGAGCGGAGCGUAAUUCUUCCCAGCCACGAUUUGGCAAUAACACAACGACGAACACUCUAGGUGGUGGACCCGGCCCAAUGAGCAGCGAACCUACCGCAACGGAAGUAGUACAACCAACCGAAUAUCCAUACCGAGCGAAGGCCAUCUACUCAUACGAGGCUAACCCAGAUGAUGCCAACGAAAUCUCCUUCUCCAAACACGAAAUCUUAGAAGUAUCAGAUGUCAGCGGAAGAUGGUGGCAAGCGAAGAAGGAAACCGGAGAGACUGGAAUUGCACCAUCGAAUUACUUGAUUUUAUUAUAA